AUGGACCAUGGACAGGCCCAGACGAAGUGCGGCGGUGCCAUUGCCUUCCUCGAGGGCCGCCAGAACAUCCAACUCCCAGACGACAUCAUCUCGGCCAGCACUCUCCCCGACCUCGACAAGCGCCUGAGACGCCUCGAGGGCAGGUUUUCCGUGCUCCCACCCCCUGCAGGCCUCGAUCCCACCUGGGACUCGCUCGCCCUGCGGCUCUACCGCGUGCAGAGGGAGGACAGAACCCCCACCCUGACACCCGCCUCCGUCCGCAGCCUCCCCAACAGCUUCCUGGACCUGGUCCCCGCGCCAUCCGGCGUGGCCAUCGAGACCCUGCAGACCCUCUGCGCGGAGAUCAGGCUCGCCCCCGGCUUCUCCCGCUCCUCGCAGCACGGCAGGCCCUGGCCCAAGCACGCCGACGACGACGACGCCCUCGACGUCAUCCGCCAGCGUCUCUGCCACGCCGCCGGCCAGACCCCCGCCGUCUGCCUCAGGAGCAUCCCCUACACCCGCUCGGAGAUGUACGCCGCCCUCGUCGACCUCACCGUCGAGCCGCCCAGGCCCAGACUCCUCCCUCGCGGUCCCCUCCUCCCGGUGCCUGCCCCGCCCAUCCUCGGGAAGAAGAAGGCGUGCUGCGGCUGCUGUGCCUGCGGCUGCCACCCACACAGGGUCGCGGCUGACGAUGCGAGUUCCGUCAGCUCGUCCUCGCGGGGGCGCGCGCGUGGGGGGUUCCUCGGCCUCCUUGAGAAACUUGCCUUUUGGCGACGUCCAAAGCUCAUCAGUGACAAGGCCUCGUUCUCAAGUGGUUAG